UUACUGACUUUACAGGUUACCCCGCGGGCCUCUCACCUUCCAUUACAAACCCAGUAUUUGGGGAAUUGAAUGAGAAAACGCUGAAAACGCCCAGUGGCUUGGGAAGCGCCUCUAAUGUUACAGAGAGAAGAUGGUGCAGAAAUACCAGUCCCCCGUGCGGGUCUACAAGUACACGUUUGAGAUGGUGAUGGCAGCUUAUGAGAAGAGAUUCCCGACAUGCCUGCUGAUCCCGGUUUUCCUGGGGAGUGAGAAACUCAGUGAGUACAAGAAUGAGGAUGGCUCGCUGCAUGUUGUGGAGCGAAGCUGCAAGUUGAACGUGGAGGCCCCCCGGCUGCUGAAGAAGAUCGCAGGAGUGGAGUACGUCUACUUUAUCCAGAAGAACACACUCAACUGGAAGGAGCGAACACUGCUGAUCGAGGCUCACAACGAGACGUUCGCCAACCGGGUCCUGGUCAACGAGGUCUGCAGUUACAGAGUUCACCCAGACAAUGAGGACUGGACCUGCUUCGAACAGUCUGCAUCGCUGGACAUCAAGUCAUUCUUUGGCUUUGAGAGCACGGUGGAGAAGAUUGCAAUGAGACAGUACACAGCCAAUGUCAAGAGGGGUAAGGAAGUUAUCGAGUACUACCUAAGGGAACUGACAACACAGGGAACUCGACACAUCCCUCGUUGGACUCCUCCUGUGUCAGCCCCUAUCAAUGAUGAGGUGCCAGUGUCCAGCUGUCCUGCACCAGUAUCCUCGGCACCUCUCGGGACCGAGCCAUCGGACACAGAGACAGACGGCACCCCCGGGGAGGCAGCGGCCAGUCUGUGUGAACCCACAGCGUCUGAUGCCGACAAGCUUGAUACCGACUACAUCGAGCGUCACCUGGGCCAUCUGUCUCCGAUGCAAGAGAGCUGCCUGAUCCAGUUGCGCCAGUGGCUGCAGGAGACACACAAAGGCAAGUCUGAGGCGGGGGACUGGAAACCAGAGAAGAUUCCCAAAGAUCAGCACAUUCUGCGUUUCCUGAGGUCACGGGACUUUAACCUGGAGAGGACGCGUGAGAUCCUGUGUCAGUCCCUCACGUGGCGAAAGCAGAACCAGGUGGACCACAUCCUUGAGAUGUGGAGGCCUCCCCCAGUCCUGCAGGACUACUAUACAGCAGGGUGGCACUACCAUGACCGAGACGGCCGGCCGCUCUACAUCCUGCGCCUGGGACAGAUGGAUACCAAGGGGCUACUGAAAGCUCUUGGGGAGGAGGCCAUUUUGCGGCACGUGCUGUCCAUCAACGAGGAUGGCCAACGGAGGUGUGAGGAGAACACCAGAGUCUUCGGGCGUCCCAUCACUUCCUGGACGUGUCUGGUGGACAUGGAGGGGUUGAACAUGAGGCACCUAUGGCGACCGGGAGUGAAAACGCUGCUUAGGAUCAUCGAGGUGGUGGAGACAAAUUAUCCCGAGACCCUCGGGCGGUUGCUCAUCCUCCGAGCUCCCCGAGUCUUCCCCGUGCUCUGGACAUUGGUUAGUCCAUUCAUCAACGAAAACACCCGGCAGAAGUUCCUUAUCUACAGCGGCAGCAACUUUCAGGGUGCAGGAGGUCUCCUCGAUUACAUAGAGAGGGACCUCCUUCCCGACUUCCUGGGUGGAGACUGCCUGUGCAAUAUCCCAGAGGGAGGAAUGGUCCCCAAAUCCUUAUACCAGUCUGAGGAAAUGCUGGAUAAUACGGAUCACAUUCGACUCUGGACAGAAACCAUUUACCAGUCUGCCAACAUCUUCAAGGGAGCUCCACAUGAGAAGGUGAUUGAGAUUCUAGAACCCACAUCGGUCAUCACCUGGGACUUCGACAUACUGAAGGGUGACGUGGUGUUCAACAUCUUCCAUUCCAAGCAACCACUGCUGGCCCAUGGCAGGGACCCGGCUGGCUCGAUCGGUGCCUUUGCUGUCGGCAACAACAUGCAGCUGAUAGACAGGAGCUGGGUGCUGGGGAAGGACUUCAGCUCUGUGGAGUCACCACUCGUCUGCCACGAGGGAGAGAGCAUCCAGGGCUCACAUGUGACCCGCUGGUCUGGCUCCUACAUCCUACAGUGGAAGAUGUUGACACCAAGCCCAUGCAACUCCAAUCUCCCUCGUGUUGACGACGUCUUAGCUAGCCUGCAAGUUUCCUCCUACAAGUGUAAAAUUAUGUUCUACACUGAAGUACUGGCAUCAGAGGACUUCAGGGGCUCCAUGUCCAGUCUCGAGUCUUGUCAUAGCGGCUUCUCGCAGCUCAGUGCUGCCACUACCUCGUCUAGCCAGUCGCACAGCAGCUCCCUCAUCUCCAGGUAGGGGCCCUGCUGAUGGCGACAUGAGGAAAGCUAACUACCUCAGGGUCAGGUACAGCGGUGGCUCCACCACGCUCCACGCCAGUCCAAACCUCACACUCGUGUGUUUACAAUGGUUGGGGACGGGACAUCUAGUGACUUUGGCCUCUUCAGUCGUAUAUGUCACACUCUAGGCUGAAUGGGUGCAGUGGACUGACUUCAGCACAUCCUUGCCCUGCUCAGGUGUUGUUUGUCCAACACCAAGGCACUUCACAACUCACCCACUCGUCAGGGACAAAUUGUUCCGCUACACUUAACAUAGAAUACCCAGGGGCAAAAUGCUGGAGGAGCUCAGCAGGUCAGGUAGCAUCUGUGGAAAGGAAUUCCCCUCCAUAGAUACUGCCUGACCUGCUGAACUCCUCCAGUACUGUGUGUGUAUUGCUCUGAACUUCCAGCAUCUACAGAAUCUCUUAUGUUCGAUAUUGAAUACUCAUUCAUUUUUCAGCCGCUUGUCUGAUUGGGAGAACUCAGCUGUGUAACAGUUCCGACUGGUUCCCACUGACCCUAUCCAUACUCACUCCUCUCUCCAUUACUACUUUAUCAGGGAUGAUCUACCUCUCUUUGGAAGGUGAUGUGCUGGCUUAUUAAAUCCACUUGCCCAACUAUCAGACUCUCUCUCUGUGCUGAAUAAAGUGGCUUCACUUUUUAACUUCAGAUCCUUUUGUGAUCUUGUUUAUCACACUUCCAACUAUUUCCACUGGAAUCCAGUCCAUUUGUGAGUUCUGUCCGAGUCUCCCUGGAACACCAGGAAUCCAGUUAUGGGCACACAGAUGCUGUAUGCAAAUUUAUGAAAACUGGUUUCUAGUGUGUGCAGACCUGGGGCCUCUCCGUUUCAAAGCCUGUCUCAUUUAUCCAGGCCAGCAUUGAAUCUAUGAGCUUUGCCCUAGCCUUCAUGAGAACUGAACUGCAGUUGCAUCUGGUGCCGUCACUGCCUACCACAGUGUUCUUUACUUCCUGAUUCAUAUGGUGGAUUUUAAAUGCACAGCUCUGUCACUUUAUUUUUUAUCAAUCCCUUUGACCCUUGUGGCUGGUGACUGCUACAGCCAUGGGGUAAACCCUCGCCACUUUUCCAAGGAAAACUCAACCACAAUGGCAGGAGGCGAAGGGGUGGUUUGUUAAUUCCCCUCCCCAUGGUUAGUUUCUCUGCUGAGGACUUUAGACAUCUUGAGCACCCCCCAUGUUAAUUUGAUUUCCUGCUACAGGGAUAUAGCUGCUGUGUAGUGGAUGGUGGGAUCCUCCACAUAAUAAUCACCGUCAAGCCUUGCAUUUACAGAGAGAGCAUAUGGCAGGCACAUUGCAAUGAGAAUAUUGUGAGAGUGAUUGUUUAAAAACCUGGCAGAAUUUAAUUUUGGGAAAGAGGAGGCUGUCUCCAGAUCAUCUGUAUGACAGUGAGCUUUUAUCUUAUCUGAAUGCGUUCUGGGAUAUGUCACUGAUUUUCAUUUUUCGGUGCAAUUGCCUAACCCAUUUAAAUCUCAUUAAUGUUUUUAACUUUGUACUGUAAAGUAAGGUUUUAUUUAUUGGAAUUACACCUUUAUAAGAAAUGUGCAGAUUUAAUAUUUAUGUGAACUCUUGUAUACGAACGUGGGCAAGGCCUCCUGCUUCCCCUUUCAUUGCCUGACAGCCCCGUUCCUGUCCAUCUUGGAGUUGGUGGGACAGCUUCAUGCAUUUGGAUGGGGAGAUGGCGGGUGCCUGAAACUGUUGAUGAGAUGUGGCUGAGGCUGGAACUUGCUGCCUUUUUCACCGGAUCUGGUUCCUUAUCUUAAGACCAUAAGUAGGCCAUUUGGCUUAUUCCAUCACAGCUAAUUUAUUUUCUCUUUACAACCCCAUUCUCAUGCUUCCUCCCCAUAACCUUUGAUGCCCUGACUAAUCAAGAACCUACCAACCUCUGCUUUAAAUACACUCAAUUACGUCCUCCAUAGCAGUCUGUGGCAAUGAAUUCCAUAGAUUCACCACCCUCUGGCUAAAGAAAUACCUCAUCUCUGUUCUAAAUAAGACAUCCCUCUGGUCCUAGGCUCCACACAGGAAACAUCCUCUCCAUGUCCAGACUAUCUAGGUCUUAUCCUUUAACCCCUGACAAGGGUGAGGGCAACACUAUCUGACAGCCUAACUCUGACCAUCCCACACAGAUCCUGGUGUCCUGCCCUGCAACAUCAUGGGAUGAAUACCUAUUCCUGGCAGUGAGAGAGGUUUACACUAACCUGUGCUCUAGCAGCCCUGCUUCCUUAUAACCUCAAGCAGCACAAAGUUCAAACAACAGGGCCUCUAAUUUCUCUGUGAUGAUUACAUUCAGUGGGGCUUUGAGACGUGGAUAAAACGCGAUCGAUUUAAGCUCCUGGGGGAAUGAUAUUUGAAGCUCGGAACGGUUGGUCUGUAAACUGAUCGCUCCCUUAGAUGUGUUUCUGUGACACCAGAUCCUGUUCAAAAGGUUGUGAGCGGUGUUUCCUUCCACUCUGAAUGUCACCCAGGCCUGGGAAUGAACUGGAACGCUGGGUGCAAUUGGCCAUUAGCAAGCACUGUUAAUUUUGUAAAGAUGGAAAUAAAUCUCUUUGUUUCUGGAACAUUCUGUCCAUUGUUUGAAAUGA